UUCUCUAUGCUGACACUCUUGCUUGCUGCCAGUGGAAGGGUUUAGACUGACCACAUUCAGUUCUGCAUGCAUAUCUUCUCUCUAGACGUGGCAAGCUGCAGAGGGAGUCAGACUUCAUGGCGAGUGUAGACAGCAGCUGGAUCUCCUGGGGUGUGGGAGUCUUCAUUCUGAAGCCCCUGAAGUGGACUCUGUCCAGUGUGCUGGGUGACAGUAAAAUACCUGAGGAAGAGGAAGUUCUGAUUUAUGUGGAACUGCUUCAGGAGAAGGCAGAGGAAGUUUAUCGCCUAUAUCAGAACUCUGCACUUUCUUCUCACCCUGUCGUUGCCCUCUCAGAGCUGCGUUCCCUAUGUGCCAGUGUUUGUCCAGAUGAAAGGACGUUCUACUUGUUGCUUCUCCAGCUGCAAAAGGAAAAGAGGGUCACAAUCCUGGAACAGAAUGGAGAGAAGAUAGUGAAGUUUGCCCGAGGUCUUCAUGCCAAAGUCUCCCCAAUGAAUGAUGUGGACAUCGGAGUAUAUCAGUUGAUGCAAAGCGAGCAGCUGCUGUCACAGAAGGUGGAGUCCCUUUCCCAGGAAGCAGAGAAGUGUAAAGAGGAUGCCCGGAGUGCUUGUAGAGCUGGGAAAAAGCAAUUGGCGCUGAGAUGUUUGAAAUCCAAACGAAGGACAGAAAGGCGCAUUGAAGAGCUUCAUUCCAAGCUGGAUGCAGUGCAGGGGAUCUUGGAUCGUAUAUAUGCCUCCCAGACUGACCAGAUGGUAUUUAAUGCCUAUCAGGCUGGUGUAGGAGCUCUGAAGCUGUCUAUGAAGGAUGUUACUGUGGAGAAGGCAGAGAACCUGGUGGAUCAGAUACAGGAGCUUUGUGAUACUCAAGAUGAAGUAGCCCAGACUCUGGCUGGAGUGGGGAUCAAUGGUCUAGAGAUGGACACUGAGGAACUUGAGAAGGAGCUGGACAGUCUUCUCCAGGACUCGACUAAGGAGUCUGUAGAUCUGCCUCCCGCUCCCCAGAAGGUGCCGAAUCCACCCAUUUCUGAUGCUGAGCUUGAAGCUGAAUUGGAAAAGCUCUCUGUUGCUGAUGGAGAUUUGGCACAAAAGACUCCCUCUGCUUCCUCUGAACCCAAAACAGCUCUGGGACUGAAUCUCUAAAGACCCAACAAGUAUCCUGUUGCUGCAGUUUGAGAAGUUGUCUUAAGGUUCCUUAACUAAUGACUAGAACUUCUGGGGAGAGGGGUAAAGCUCCCCUGUUCUUCAUGGAUAUCACUUGGCUCAGCAACAGGAUCUCCUGCCAUGACAAUCCACUCUGGACUGGCCCCAGCUGGUGUUUGUCAUCUCUGUGCCAACAUCUGCACUGGUCUCAAUCUGACUUGUGAUCCCAAGUCAC